AACUCUACCAACAACCAUGUGCUUUCUUUUCUGAAAAACUGCCUGGUAGCUGGAAGUGUCUGGCUCACCUCUGUUUAAAGAUUACUGAGAUUCUUUAAUUAAGUCGGCCAGAAAAUGUCACAUUUCAAGGAAGGGAAAGCCCCUGCAUCUGAGGAGGCCACAAUACACAGAAUAAGGAUCACUCUUACCAGCAGAAAUGUCAAAAGUUUGGAAAAAGUGUGUGCAGAUUUAAUAAAGGGAGCAAAGGAGAAGUCUUUGAAGGUUAAAGGACCAGUCCGUAUGCCAACCAAGGUGCUUCGUAUUACCACACGUAAGACACCCUGUGGUGAAGGUUCUAAAACAUGGGAUAGAUUCCAGAUGAGGAUCCACAAACGUCUGAUUGAUUUACACAGUCCUUCAGAAAUUGUCAAACAGAUUACAUCAAUUAGCAUUGAACCAGGAGUAGAGGUUGAAGUGACCAUUGCUGAUGCAUAAAGGACUCCAUUCCUUGAAAAAUAAAAAAUAGAAAAAGGGG